GGCGAGUCCCAAAGAGUCCACGUGGUGCUUCAGACCAGCAGAAAUGACUACUAGGCAAGUUUCGUUCGAUUCUGAUGGCUGAGGCGUCAAGAAGGAAUAAAGUCUCUUCGUGGGGGCUUCUCAGCAAUUGCCGAUAUUUGUGCAAAAAAAGGAUGAUGAUGCGUGCCAUAGAAAGCGCGAGAGCAAAGAAGAAACAUCAGCAGAGGAUCAUGAUCGCUGACAAUAAGCGGAAAAGAACUGACAGCCACAACGAACCGCUGGAUACAAAUAAACUGAUCAAAAAGACGAAAUCGGGUCGUACGGAGCAGGAAAACACCUUGAACUCUGAAAAUAAGAGCGCUGACGUGUCUAAACCUGGACUUUUAGUGUCUAAAGCGGACCAGCACAGUCUGGUCAGCGCCCUCACAGACCACUGGGAGGUGGACAGCGGUUUCUGCUCUGAGACCAGUCCUCCGGCCAGCGGCAGAAGUUCUCCGUGCCUCAGCUCGUGCCGGACCAUGGUGGUGGCGUUGGACUGUGAGAUGGUGGGGACGGGUCCCGGCGGGCGCUGCAGCGAGCUGGCCCGCUGCAGCAUCCUAGAUUACCAUGGCAACGUCCUGUACGAUAAGUACAUUCGGCCGAGUCAGGUCGUCACAGACUUCAGGACUCGCUGGAGCGGCAUCAGGAGGCAUCACCUGCGCAACGCCACACCCUUCGCUCAAGCCAGAGAGGAGGUCCUCAGUAUACUGGAGGGCAAAGUGGUCGUGGGACACUCGGUCUACAACGACUUUGACGCGUUGGACAUGCUCCAUCCAGUCCACCUGGUCAGGGACACCUGCACGACGCGUUUCCUCAGUCGGCUGGCCGGAUUCCCCGGAGAACGCGGCCCCUCCCUCAAGAUCCUCGCCAACAAGCUGCUGAACAGGAAGAUACAGGUCGGGAAGCAAGGUCACUGCUCGGUGGAGGACGCUCGCGCCGCCCUCGACCUCUACAAGCUGGUGGAGGGUGAGUGGGAGCAGGAGCUGCAGAACAGGCUGAGAGACGACGACACGCCACGCGAGCCGAGCUUCGCCGCCUCCAACCACUACAUGCAGGACGAGUACUGGCCCAAUGAUGUCAUAGCUGACGGCCAAUGAAAAGAGGGGAUUAAUAAGGUGUGAAAUACCUCAACAUGGUGAUGUCCUCAGAAAGGUUUUGAUAACAAAUAAUGUGAGUUAAACACAUUUUGACAGUGAAUCAACUUAUCAAGGAUAUAAAAGUGUUGUAAGAAAUAAAUGCUAAUGUAUUUUGGGGUGUGUGAUAACAUUUAUCUGCAUUAUCUCAUAUGAGAAAAUGUUCUGUAUCACCUUAGGGAAAAUAACUUAAUAAUUAAAACACUUAACUUAUUGAGUUUUAAACAUGUUAAACAUGGAGUUCUUAGCAGCAUAUUUUUUGCUGUGAAAACAUAUUUACUUUUCAGAGGUCAGUUGUUACAGACUUGAUUAUUAUACUAAAGUAUGAAAUGUUCUCUUAAGGUUGGGGGUUAUUAACUUAAAGUAUAAUGUGUUUGGAGUAUCUGCUCUUUACUUGAAAGGUGAAAUUUAACUGAUACCAGGUUAGGAUGUGAGGCUGAUUUUGGGCCACAGAUGCAGCUAUUUUAUGAAAGUGAAACUUUUGUUUUAUUUUUAAUUUCUGUACUCAAACAUAAAACAAAAUGCACAAUUAUCUGCAGUGAACAACUCAAAAUUGCUCAAGUAGCUUUCAACAUGCAGCUGUUUUAAAUAACCUGUUAAAACUAUUGCAGUGACGUCCAUGUACAUGCAGCCAUAGAUGUCUGUGUUGGUGUAUUUAAUAACUGUAUCAGUGGUAGUUGAUUACCUCUCAUUGUAAGCUGCUCUUAAAUGUCCUAAUAAACCGGCAUCAUG